UAGGUCUGGCAGCGGUGGGAGCCGCAGUGGCAGUGGAAACAGCAGCAGUACUACCUCGACAACGACCAGGGCAUCCACCACCCCCUCGACCACCACCACCUCUACCCCAGCUCCCACCCCAGCUCAGGACUCAGCCCCAGGGAGCAACACGGAAACCAGCAGUGCUACCUCAGCAUCUGGAAAUGUUGUGCCAAUCCAGUUGUCGGACUUGCAGAACAUUUUGUCAGGGAUCUCUGUACCCCCUGAUGCUUCUGGAUCACCUCGAGUUCCAGUGGAUUUGAGUUCGGCCAUGACGGCUGAGGCUUUGCAGCCAAUCCUGACCAACGAAGACUUUGUCAACCAGCUGCGCCCGUAUCUUCCAGCUACAUCCGAUGGACUGCCGCCCACUGAGCAGCUGCGGGGCACGGUCACAUCCCCCCAGUUCCAGCAGGCUGUAAGGCUGGUUUAGCAGCGCUCUGCAGGUCUGGGCAGCUAGGUCCCUGAUCAACCAGUUCGGUCUGGGCGAGGACGCUGUGCUGGCCGCUGCUUCCUGCGACAUGGAAGCAUCAUCAA